GGCAUGGACAGCUUCUUCUCUGCCCCCAUGGACUUCCGGGGCCUCCCCAGGAAUUACCACCAAGAAGAGAACCAGGAGCACCGGCUGGGGAACAACACUCUCUCUAGCCACCUCCAGAUCGACAAGGUGCCCAAGAUAGAGGAGAAGGAGGCCCUGGUGCCUGUCCCUAAAGCCAUCGACACCUUCCGCCCUGAACCCCAUCCCCGAGUCGCCUUCUGGAUCAUGAAGCUGCCACGCAGGAGAUCCCACCAGGAUGUUCAGGAGGGUGGCCGCUGGCUCAUCGAGAAGCGACACCGCUUGCAGGCCAUCCGGGACGGGCUCCGCGAGGGGACCCACGAGGACAGCCUCGGAGAGGGGACCCAGGGAUCCUCCCACUCAAAGCUGCCCGCCCGCAAGACCCACUUCUUGUACAUCCUCAGGCCCUACCAGCAGCUAUAG